AUGAAUUUCUCCUCCAGAGAAUACGCAGGUAAAGAUAAGGUACCUUCAACGCCGCAUGUUGGAAAUGGAGUUCUGGCAUGGUCACCUUGGCCUUAUGUGAGGACAAUUAAAAGCCAUAUUGAGGACUAUGAAAUACUGGAAGAUUAUGCAUGGCAAGUUCCAUAUACUGUUGGGUUCACAACAAAAAGAAGGUUUGAUUCUCAUAAAGAACCAAACAUGCUAUCUUCAAGGCUGAGAAAACUAGAGGUGCUUGACUUGAGUUCUAACUCUCUGGAUAAUUCGAUUCUACCAAUUCUCGGUACAAUUCCAACUCUCAGGCGUAUAUUCCUCGGGCACAACAAUUUAAGUGGGACUUUGUAUGGGAAUGGUGGUUUCGGUAAUUUAAAGGAGUUGGACAUAAGUUAUAAUGCAGUCGAUGUAGUGGCAACUACUAAAGAACCAAACCUUCUAUUUUCAAGGUUGAGCAAACUAGAGGUUCUUGACUUGAGUGGCAACUCUCUAAAUAAUUCCAUUCUGCCCAUUCUUGGUACAAUUCUGUCUCUCAAGGCUCUAUCCCUCCAAUUUAACGAUUUGAGUGGGACUUUUCAUGUGAAUGGUGGUUUCAGUAAUUUAAAGGAGCUGGACAUAAGUUAUAAUGCAGUCGAUGUAGUGGCAACUGCUAAAGGCAUCAAAAACUUGAGCCACUUAGAGAACCUCCGCCUAGAUGGUGUGGACUUGAAGGAUGUGGGGGCCAUUGUGCGAGCAUUAGGGGCACUGUCAUCCCUCAAGAUUCUUUCUCUCCAAGAUAAUACAGUAGAAGGAACAAUUACUACUCAAGCAUCAUCUUUUAUAGCACCCCUGUUGAGUCACAUCCAUCUGAAUAGGAACAAAUUGAAUGGUACACUCACGCAUGUGCUCUCCAACAGCUCCAAUUUGGUGACCUUGGAUCUGAGUGAAAAUGAGUUCUCCGGAAGCAUACCCUAUUGGCUAGGUAACCUCUCUCAACUGAGCAUUCUUUCACUGAGAGGACUAGAUUUUUCUUGCAACCAGUUCAAUGGGGAGAUCCCACAAGAGAUUGCAAUCUUACAAGACAUGCUUAUGCUGAAUCUGUCGCAUAACAAGCUUAAUGGACAUAUACCGAUGUCAUUGUGGAACCUCACAAAGAUAGAGAGCAUUGACCUUUCCUACAACAACUUGAUUGGUUCUAUCCCCGAAGAGCUUACUCAGUUGAAUUCCCUGGAAGUCUUCAAUGUGUCUUACAACGACUUGUCAGGAGCCAUACCAAACAAAAAUCAAUUCGGGGCAUUUGAUGAAAGCAGUUACUACGGAAACCAUCUUCUAUGUGGACUGCCAUUGAGUGAUGAUUGUUCGAAAACCAUUAAUGUUAAUUGCUCAGCAACAAAAUCAUGCAUGAAAGCUAAAGAGGAUGGUUUCUUAGACGGAAAGACAUUCUAUAUCAGCUUCGGAGUGUCAUACACGAUAGUUUUACUGGUAAUUCCGGUUGUUCUAUUCAUCAACCCCCAAUGGCGGCAGGGAUGGUUUCACUAUGUGGAACUGGUUAUCACCACAUGUCGGAGCUUGUUCAUCACAUGCUACUAUUUUGUGCGGGAUGGUUUUCGAAAAUUGUCCAGUGGCCAAACAAUUUAG